ACAGCCCGUGUAUGGCCACUGACUGAGGUUUUGUUGUGUUGCUUAUGUUUGUUUUUAUUGAUAAACGCGAAUCUGGAAACCCCGAGCCAGAAUCGCUAUUUUUCUGGCAUCUCCAAUGUCUUUUGGUUCUAUCAAACAGAGUGUCGUGCGCAGCAAAUACCCUGGCGUGUUAUCAGUUCGGUGCUCGGCAAUUAAAUGUGUGCCCGUCCUUCGUAAUCGGAUUCGCUGUCUCUAGCCAUACGGCGCUCAGUACUGGCUGGAUGCGACUUGUUGGACAAUCCGAUUGGUGCUGGUGUUAGCUGAUACAGUAACUGCAAAGCACACUGAUAAAGUGGCAACAGGCACAGUCACAAGGCUCACCUUCGACUGAUUAGUAACAGAAGAAAAUUGAUAGUUUACGAAAGAUAUCCGUGCACAGUGCCAAAUGAGUGAUGGCAUCAAAUGCGAAGUGGAUAUGAAGAUGGAACCCUCAAGCCCCCCGGAGAAAGAUCGCAGCAUGUUUUCGCGUUGUUCGAGCGCGGGCAGCAUUCACACCCCGACGUCGUCGGCCCACAAUUCCGCCUUUUUGCCUUCUUCCUUCUCGCAAUAGAAGAUGAAGAAGAUUCGGGUGACAACAAGAGUACUACGCUCAGCUACAAAGAGCGCCGUCGUGAAGCGCACACGCAGGCAGAGCAGAAACGGCGCGACGCGAUCAAGAAGGGAUACGAUUCUCUCCAGGAACUAGUACCAACCUGCCAGCAACCGGACGCUUCUGGAUACAAGCUCAGCAAGGCAUCGGUACUGCAGAAAUCGAUCGACUACAUCGGCUAUUUGUUGCAGAACAAGAAAAAACUUGAGGAGGAACGAGCCUCGCUUCAGAAGGAAGUGAUGGCGCUGCGGAUUAUACAGAAGAACUACGAGCAUAUGCUGCAGCAUCAGCAGGCUUCACCAGGACGCACUGAGGCGCGCCUUAGCGAUGACGUUAAGUUUCAAGUGUUCCGUGCCAUCAUGGAUGAAAUGUUUCUCACGUUCGAGCAGCUGCCAAUGAGCGACUUUGCUGAACUGACGUCCGGCGUGAUACCUUGGUUAGAGGAGCACUGUAAGCCGCACCUACUGCGAGAUGUGGUGAAUCGAAUGUUAUCGAACAUUACGACCAGCUAUGCUAUGCAAGGAGCGUCUGAUGGGCUCGGUAGCAGUAGUGAAAUGAGCACAAUGUAGGACCAUUAAUCAAAUACUGCUAUUUGGGAUUAUUAUUUUCAAGCCUGUACUAAGUCACGAACUAGGUGACACAAAUUGUUAUAGCAAAUUGUUUUCUUUCAGUUCUAGUUGUUCAGUUCCAUAUGCCCAGAGACAGGCAUGUAUAGGAAUACUACAUGUUAUUUUUUAUUGUAUAGUAUAUUUUAUUAGAUGGCUAGUAGUAACUAAUGAAUAAAACAUGUCUCGAACGCGAAAAAGACCAUGCUUUUCGG